AUGACACAUAAUCAGAGGUCAAAUAAACCGCCUGAAACACCACAAACUCACCUCGAAACUCCGUCGCGAUUCAGUCUUCCAUCAACCGCAAGAAUCUCCAAAAACACUAUUUCGAAACGAACGGCAUCUCCUCGCGUAUCGGCGUCAAAACAUCCCCGGAAGAAAGCCCCUCUAUUCGGUUCACACGCUCAGUCAACCCUUACACAGAUCGAUUUCGUGACACAGACAACACAGCCGGACGACCAAGAAGAACUUCAAUACCUCGAUGGCGACGAAAGGCCGAAUACCAAACACAAUGAGUCGAAAACGUUGAACGAGAAUUCCGAUGAUGAUACCGAAUACAAGCCUCCACUGCAGGCUAGGUCAGCCCGUUCGACCUUCGAAUCAAAUGAUGAUCACCCCAAAAGGCGUCGAAAAAGCGCCACGCAAAGCAGCAAAAUGACGGCCCGGGGUGAGAGCAUACGCAAGAGUCAGACACCUAGAGCUAGUGCUGGACCAAAGGGCAAGCGAAAGUCCACCGAAAAAUCCGAUAACAAGACCUUGACGCAAAUGCACUUCGUACGACGGUUUAUCCCGAUUGUUGACGAUGAUGACGACGUGAAUUUGGGAUAUCUGUCUACGGAACAUUCAGUCGAGAAGAUCCCGAAGGGACUCGAGAGCAAGAAUCCGAGGAUCAAGGAAAGACUUACUCCCACUUCUGUUAAGCGUACCCGCCGAGCAUUGGAGGCAGAAUUGGAUCUUUCCACAGGAGAACCAAUAUCAGAUCCAGGAACCAGUCAGGCGGCGGAAAAUGGAAGUGUCUCACAUGAGAAAUCAAAUCCUAAAAGCCCAAUGACACCGCGUCAUCCAAAAUUCGAGGUGCCAUCCUCUCAAUCACCCGAAAGCCCGGGGCUUGCCAUUAUUACAUCGUCUCAAUUUCGCAGUGCGACUCGCUCUCCAUUAAAACGGAAAUCCCCUAACUCCGCACAUUAUUCCCAAAAUCGCGUCAAGGGAGAGCCUGCAAAAUCUCCACAACUAGCGAAAGACCAUCAAUGUCAGGUAUCCUCAUCUCCUGGGAAAACUCCUAGAGCUAGCCUACCUCGAGGGUUGACGACAUCAACUCAGAAUCCUGCAACAUUUGCUGAAGAGCUAGCAUUGUGCGGAGCAUCGGAUGAAUCGACGAAUCAAAGAUCGAAUGAUCAGGAACCACCGCGUACUCAGGGAGAGAGAACAGUGGUGUAUGAGACUGAUGCCGAAACCAACCAAAGCGAUUCUGAGUAUGACUUGAACGAAAUUCCUGGGACACCAUCUAGAGUGCAAGAAUCUCAAGUCGAAAAUACACAUGAGCAAGAUCAGAACUCAGAGCCAUUGUUCGACGACGAGUCGCAAGAGCUUCCUUUGCCUGGGGAUGGAUUUUCUAGUAAUUUGGAUGAUGGCCCACAAUCAGAAGCCCCAAUGUCAGAUGCUUCUCUUUAUUAUCAAAGGUUGCCAGCUACCCAAUUUCCUCACGAACCUAUACCGACACUCAACACCCAAAAACUCUCCGAGCUAUUCCCAAGCGAGGGAGCCACACAAUACACCAAGUUUGGAUCUGGAUCUGCACAUAAGCCAGACCUCUCAUAUCAAAAAUUCCCUGGCCCUUUCUUGCAAAGUCAGACACAAAGUCAAGAAGGAGAAGAGCCUGAGAUUGUACCAGAGUCGUCUCCGGCGCGAGAACAGGAUGUCACGACGGAAGCAAGUCAGGUCGUGUUUCAACGCCCUCAUGUUCCGGCGUCAAUUGUUCAAGUUGAAUCCUCUCAGCCUGUUGAACGAGGCGAUGAUGCUGGUGCUGGCAGACUUCUAUCGCGUAGUCAACUUUUGACUUCGAGCGUCAUGGAGAGUGUUCCAUUGCCUAAUUUCUGGAUGGGCAGUCAGGAUAGUGUGGGAGAACCCUACAGUAUUUAG